CUAGUUGUGACUCAUUACUUGUAAGGUAACUUACCCCUUAAAGAAGGAAAUCUAGAGUAUGGAUCAAGACAUGGAAUCAGCUGGCUCCGAGCUCCCAAGCGAAAUUAUAUGCUCUCAGAUACUACCAAGGCUGCCGUCCAAGUCCCUCAUGCGAUUCAGAUGCGUAGGCAAGUCUUGGUCCUCUCUCGUCCGCAGCCCUUCCUUUGUCGACGCCCAUCAAACCUUCCACCGUAACAAGCUCAAUCACCUCCUCCUCACUACUUGGGACAAAUCCACAAGGCAACAACACUUCCUGUCUGUGCAAAUCAACCAAGAAGGAAUUCCAACAGCUGCCACGCACCUUCUAAACCUUCCAACAUUGUCCUUCAAUGAACGUCUCUACAAUCAAGCCAUGUUCCCCCAUCACAAUCAAGCCAAUCGUGAUAAUCUUCUUCGCAUGUUCAAUCCCUCAACACGGGAGUUUAUUGUUCUUCCACAUGCAUUUCCCAGGUGCUGCCGUAGUGCCCAUUCUCCACAUCACUUGGGGUUUAGUCCUCUUACAAAUGAGUAUAAAGUUCUCCAAGUACAAAGGUUUCAGCCUCGUGAUUCUAUGACAAGGGGUAUGACUUUUAUGUUCAAGAUAUUCAAAUUAGGCACAAGUUUAUGGAGGUGCACGGACCUUAAUGACCUACCUUUUGAUCCUUUCAAGUGCCCGUUUCAUAGGAGAAAUGUGAGUGUCAAUGGCGCCAUACAUUGGAUGCAUGACACACAAAAUAUCCUAGUGGUUUUCGACAUUGGAGACGAGAAAUUCAGAACAAUCCCACUUCCUCGUGAUUAUAAUUGCGCUAUACAUAAAUUUAACUUUGCACAUGGGAAUAUAGUUGAAGUGUUUGGAUGUUUGGCGCUAAUUGGCGACGAGCAGUUGGCACAACAAAAUACGAUGGGGUUAUGGAUUUUGAGGGACUACGAAAAUCAAGUGUGGAUUAAGGAGACUUUCAGAUUUCCCUUUGUUUGGAAUGAAUUAGGUUACCCCGUCCCUUUCUGUUCCAUUCACACAGGUGAGCUCGUCCUCCAAUCUUCGAAGUUAAGCAGACAACACCCGAAUCAUGUGAGACUGCAUCUCUACAAUAUGAAGAGUAAAAGUUUUAGGGAAAGUGAAAUUGUUUUGCCCUCCGAAUGGGGAUUCCAGUAUGAUACUCGAUUGACUUUACUUGCUCGCUUUGAAGAUAGCAUUAUGAAAUGGCCUAUUUGUUCAUCAAGUUUUAGUUCAACGGUUCGGAUCGAAACUUGAAGCUUUCAAUUAUCCAACUCGAUUUUUUUUCUUUUUUUUUUUGGAGAAAUUUAUCAUUUUUUUCUUUUUUUACGUUUUUUUUAAGUUUUGUAAAGCUUAACCAUGUGGUUUUUGUUAUGUCUUCCAUUAGUUUGAGUGAGUGUAAUAUCUACAUAUAAGAAUCAGACAGUUGAGUUUGAUACUUAUAACCUUAUACUACACUAGGAUGUAUUCAAUAUGUUUAUCACGCAUAUUUUAAUAUAUUGCACUCAUAAUUUUAAUAAAUUAGUAUCAUACUCAAAUUUUACCGCCUAUUAUUAACGUGAUUCUUACACGAUUUCAAUAUAUUAGUAUCACAAGCCUACUCAUAAGUUCGCUAGUUACUAGGUAGGCAAAGUGGUGGGUAACACCCACUGGGUAUGCCGUU